UUGCGCGUGCCCAGUGACCCUGAGGAGUGAAAAUCCAUUUAGUGAUAUUUUAAAAUGGCUCCGACCACAAAUACUUCAGCUUCAGAGCCUUAGCUACAUCCACAGCUCUCAGUUCUGAGAAACAGGAAGAAAGAAAGAAAGAAAGGGAGAGAGACGCUGGAGAAAGAAGAAGAAGAAAGAAGAAGACGCUGAAAUAAUUCUUUAGUCGGCUGGAGUUUGUUUUUCGAACUAGCUUGUUAGCUAGGCUAAGCUACAUGUUUACUUAGCCGGCUAGUUCGCAGCGUUAGCUUAGUUUAAUUAUUAUUAUUUUUUUGCUAAAUGCUAGCUCGCUCGUACGGCUAAGUUACUUUAGCUAGCGUAAAGCUAGUCUUCUCAGCAAGUUUUUGUCUUGUCUUUCCUCAAAUGGCCGAUCCGAGGAAAGUGCCCUUCGUGACUCUGGCUUCCUACAGCACCUCGACGCCGGUGCCGGAGUCCAAGAAGCGGCGGAGGGAGGAAGAGGGUGAAGGCGGUCUCCAGCCCCACGGGAGGGACGGAGGAGGGCUGUUCAGUAACGGGAAGAGCUCCGGGGCUGACGGCGCCGCCGAGUCCAAACCCACCAUCAGGCUCAAACUGUCCCUGUCCGAACCCAGUGAGAAAGGGUCCACUGAGUUCAGCUACACCGAGCUGAUCCAACAGCAGAUGAGGAAAGUUCCUGAAGGACUCACGCCGGCUCUGGACCCAAACGACCCGCUGGCUGAUCAGGACCGAGAGAGACGAGAGGUCGAAGCUCUGGCCAGGAAGUUUGAGAGUAAAUAUGGCGGCACUGGGAAGAAGAAAAAGAAGGAUCGGAUGCAGGAUCUCAUCGACAUCGGAUACGGCUAUGACGAGACAGAUCCGUUCAUCGACAACUCCGAAGCUUAUGAUGAGCUGGUCCCUGCCUCCCUCACCACCAAACUGGGAGGCUUCUACAUCAACACGGGCACUCUGCAGUUCAGACCUGCGUCUGAGAGCGAGGACGAUGAUGGGAGCAAGGACGGAAACCACUUCAAGAAGCUAAAAGAUGGAGAGGAGCGAGUGAUCAAGAGAAGAAAGAAAAAAGACGGCACUUUAGAGGAGAAGAAACCCAGAAAGAAUCGCGUGUCGAAGCAGGGCGUUUCGGCUCUGAACCGGCCUGAGAAAAAGAAGAGGAAGAAGCUGAUGAAGGACUCCCUCUCACUGGCAGCCAUGAUCCGCCGCUUCACACGUGAGAAAGAGGAGAUGCGGAAAAAGAACCCCAGUGCUGCUGCUGCCGCCACCGCCGGCACCACUACAGGACUCAAACCCCCGAACCCCAACCGCACCGUUGUCAACUCGAACUCUGUCACCCCUGGCAACGACCUCGCUGACCUCACCAACGACCCAGCCGUCAUUCCGCUGCUGGGUUCGGCUAACGAUGACAUGCUGCAGGACCUGAUGGAAGAGCUGGAUUUCUCGCUGCUGGAUCCUUCGGAGCUGUCGAGCCUCGAGGGUCAGGGUGAGAACGGCAACGGCGCCAUCCAGAGAGCAGGGGGAGGAGCUUCAGUGGGACGUGUCCAGAGAACCGGUCUCCUCCCCCCUCCGCCUCUUCCCAUCGGUCUGCCUGCCCCCCUCACCAAGCGCAUCGAGGACCUGCGAGCAGCGUCUCGGCAGUUUGACAUGGAGGGAAGGAAGAAGUUCUUCACGCUGGACAUGAACAACAUCCUGCUGGACAUUGAGCUGCAGGUGCAGGAGCAGCCAGCUGACGUGCGCUUGGCUGUGUACUCUCACCUGGAGGCCUUCGUGCCGUGUAAUAAGGAGGCCCUGCUGAAGCGGCUGAAGAAGCUCAGCCUGAACGUGCAGGACGACAGACUGAGGAACCCGCUGCUCAAACUCAAACUUGCCGUCUGCAGUGCCAUGCCUGAACAGAUCGCCCGCUACAACAUGGACUGCCUGGCCAAAGUGGCAAAGCAGCAGUCAGAGGAGGGCGAGAAGAACGGCUCAGAGGAGGAGGAUGAGGAGAGGCCGGGUAAACGGGUGAUGGGACCCCGCAAGAAGUUUGUGUGGGACGAUAAACUCAGGGCUCUGCUGUGUAAUCUGGUCCGAGCUAAACUGGGCUGUUACGAAGCUGAGGGUCAGAACUCUCCCUCUCCUGAAGACUACCUCAAAGCCUUUAUGGAGACCGAGGUGAAACCCCUCUGGCCCAAAGGCUGGAUGCAGGCUAGGAUGUUGAUUAAAGAGAGCCGCAUGGCCCACGGACACCUCACAGGAAACACAGUGAAGAAGACUCCCAAAGCGAAACCAAAAUCUCAGGAUGGCGUUUGGCUCCAGCAGUCGACCACGCCUGCUGCCACACCCUCUACCCCGGUGCCCCUCCCUCAGCGGCCCCCUUCCCCCUCUGAGCCUAUCUGCCUGUCAGACUCUCUGGAUGAGGAUUUGGGCGGUGCCCCAUCUCUGGACUCUAUUUCACAGGCUCUGGCUCUGCUUAGCAGCGCCGCCAAGGGGUUAAUCCAGUCCAACAGCCCGCCCUCCCCUGAGGCUGCUAAACCAGUCAGUUCAGGCUCCACCCUCGGCCCUGCCUCCUCCAUCAGCUCCUCCACCCCUGUGCUUCCUAAAAAAAGCACCAUCAGUACCACUUCAUCUGCUUCUCUGGCCACCAGUGGCCCUGUUUUCGUCUCCUCUGCUGCCUCCUCUAGCUCUUCUCCCUCUCCAGCUAUCUCUCGGCCUCCGUCUGCAUCGGUCUCUCCCUCCAUCCGGAGCGAAGGAAUGGGAGGAGUGAAGAUUGGUGCGGUUGGCUUGACUCAGGUGCAGAGACACACGUUGACGCCGCUGCAGCGACCCGUCCCUACGACUGCUGCAGGCAACAGCAACAAGACGAGUUCAGCAUCUCCGCCUAAACCGAGGCCGCCGCCUACUGCCUCGCCCCUUAUCCCGCCUCACAAGAGUUUAAGUUCUCCCAUGGCCACAGCCCCAGGCCUCCACAAACCCGGCAAUAAUAGCAGUACUGUUGGACGAAUCGGUGCAGGCAGCACGACGCCGUCGUCUCAGCCUCACUCAACAGCACUGCCCAUAUCUUCCUCUUCGUUUUCUUCAUCUGCUUCCUCUUCCUCUGCUUCCUCGCACCUCAAUGCCAAAACGCAGUCCAAAAUCUCCACCUCCUUGUCUCAGCCUCAGUCUCAGCCCAAACCGCAGCCGCCGCAGCAUCAGCACCAACAGCCGCAGCAGCAGUCAACAUUCGUCACGCCAAUGCAGGCCACGCUCACCAAAUCGCCACACAGCUCCAACUCCCCCAUCCUCAAGCUCACUCCACGGGUGACGCCCGUUAGCUCCGCCUCACCCUCCCUCUCCAGGGCACCUACGUUACCCAGCAUGCAUCAGUUCUCUCCUAAAAGUCCAGGCUUCCAUGCAGGGUUCUCGGGCGUCAGCGCCGGUUAUAACACUCCUGUAGGUCAGCAGAAAACCCCCUCUCAGGUGAACAGCAGCAGCCUCACGAGCACUUCCACUCCGGUCACCAAGCACACCUCUCCUUCAGCUGGCUCGGCCAAUCACGGGCCACGGCAGAGGCCAGCAGGCAUGGCUAAUCAGGGGGCAAAGCCAAUGGUAACAGUUUCCUCAGCGACGGCUCCUCAGCUAGCACAGGUGCCGUCGUCCAGCGCCAGUCUUCUGGGUCCUGGCGCUGCAAACCUUCCGCUGAACUUCGGAAUGCUGGGAGGAAUCACUCCCGUCUCUCUGCCCUUCGCUUUCCCCAGCCUGCUGAACCUGCCCACCGUGACAGGAACUAGCGCUGGAGCUAACACUGCUAACCAAAGCAGCUCAGGAUACAGCCUACAGCCCAAUGUCAAUCAAAGCCAGAGUGGGGAUCUAAAGAGGAAGCUGUGAUGUUACUCGGAUGCUGGACUGUGGUAUCACACUGAAGCAGCGCGUAACGCAUGGACUGCAGGCUUGACCAUUAAGCAAGAACAGCUCUUUUACCUUUUUUUUUUUUUUUUUUUUGGGUUUAUGAUUUAUAAUUUGUUUUUGGCAGUUGAAUAUUUGGAAUAUAAUUAAUUAACAUCCCUGGCCUGGAUGCUUUCUCUCCUUGUUUUGCUAAUGUUUACACACACAGACCUUAAUUGCUGUGGACAGGGUGGGGAAAGCGUUUACGCGCGUGUGUGGACGCAUACACACUCGGAGUGAAAUACGAACUCUGUAGAAUCAGAGAACGGACAGAUGGAUGAACUGAUCCCUCCCUUUCUCAGGUGUAGGUCCAUGUCUCUGGUGCUGUUCCAGGUGGAGUAGUUGUUGUUGCUAUUAUUAUUAUUAUUAUUAUUAUUAUUAUUAAUAAAAAGCCCCCACGGAACAACGACGAGGAGUUUUAUAUCCGGGCGGAACCAGGGGGCGCUGAAAUUUGUAUUGUACUUGAAUUUUCAGAAGUUUGUCUACUUGAGCUGAACCUCCACACUAGCAAAAUAAAAAGCAAUAGUUAGUCCAAGGGAAAGAAAAGUCUUUGCACAUGUGUUUUUUUGUUUUUGUUAAUGGUGCAUUCUUCGAACUCUGUUGGUACUGUGUGCUCACUCGCCAUAUAAUUAGUGACUUCACCGUCUACAAAGUCAUUUCUCGAUAACAGGCUCGACAAAAAAAAAUCCAUUUCGUGACCAAUAACACCAACAGUUACUGAAAUGUGUUUAUCUGGAAGGUACACGAGUGUCAGCCUUGUAAGGGAAAACGCACUAUAUGGCCAAAAGUAUGUGCAUCACUCACUACAGCAUUCCAAACUGCCUCUGAAGGCAACAUCAGCAUGAGGACUGGUGUGUCAGGACCUUCCUGAGAUGGGUCUCCAUGGCUGAGCAGCUGCACACAAGAUGAUGAUCGCCAUACACAAUGCUGAGUGUCAACUGGAGUGGUGUAAAGUGCCGAUAGUGGACUCUAGAGCAGUGGAAACGUGUUCUCUGGAGAUGCUCUUUCCUUUUCCAGCAUGACUGUGCACAGAGCUCUAUGAAGAUGUGGUGUGUGAAGAUUGGGGUAGAACAACUUGAGUGUCUUGCACAGGAUGACCCCACUGAACACCUUUGGGAUAAACUGGAACGCCGACUGCACCCCAGACAUUAUUCAUGACCUAAUACACAACACUCCAAGAUCUAGUGAAAAGCCUUCCCAGAAGAGUAGAGGAGGUUAUUAUAUCAGUAAAUGGGGAAACUAACUCUGGUUUCAACAAAAUCCAUUGUUUUGGUAUGGGAUGUACAGUCGGGUCCAUAAGUAUAUGGACAGCGGUGUAAUUUUUGCCUGUACUCCACCACAAUGGAUUUGAACUGAAGCAAUCAAGAUGGGGUUUGAAGUGUAGACUUUCAGCUUUAAUUCAAAGGGUUUAACAACUAUUGCAUUAACCUUUCAGGAAUUACAGCUUUUUUUUUUUUUU